GUCUAUGAUACUAGUCAGUAGCCAUCAGCAAGAGGCCGAAAAGGCCUCGUAUUAUAUUUGUAAAAAGUUUUCAUCAAAUCAUUCGCGAUGACUACUUUUGAAUCUAAAAUGCCUGUACGCUUUGUAAAGCGAGUACAGUUUGGUAUUCUUUCACCUGAUGAAAUACGACGUAUGUCUGUCACUGAUGGUGGAAUUCGUUUUUCUGAAACUAUGGAAGGUGGCCGACCUAAACAAGGUGGUCUCAUGGAUCCAAGACAAGGUGUAAUUGAUAGGAAUUCACGUUGUCAAACAUGUGCUGGCAAUCUUACAGAAUGUCCUGGACACUUUGGUCAUAUCACUUUAGCAAAACCAGUAUUUCACAUUGGUUUUAUCACAAAAUCUAUGAAAAUUCUCAGAUGCGUGUGUUUUUUCUGUUCAAAACUUUUAGUUAGUCCAAAUAAUCCAAAAAUCAAAGAAAUCGUCAUGAAGACAAAAGGACAGCCACGAAAACGUCUCACAUUUGUCUACGAUUUAUGUAAAAGUAAAAAUAUUUGCGAAGGUGGCGACGAAAUGGACAUUAACAAAGAUGGCACUGAAAUUCCAUUAGCCGAUAGAAAACCAGGACACGGUGGUUGUGGUCGUUAUCAACCGAGUUUAAGAAGAUCUGGCCUCGACAUAACAGCCGAAUGGAAACAAAUUAAUGAAGACUCACAGGAGAAAAAAAUGCCAUUAACUGCCGAAAGAGCACAUGAAAUUCUCAAACAAAUUACUGACGAAGAAUCAUUUAUUCUUGGUAUGGAUCCAAGUUAUGCGCGUCCCGAUUGGAUGAUUGUCACUGUUCUUCCAGUGCCACCAUUAUCUGUACGACCAGCUGUCAUUAUGUACGGAUCAGCGAGAAAUCAAGAUGAUUUAACGCAUAAAUUGUCUGAUAUAAUAAAAACAAAUAAUGAAUUGAUACGAAGCGAAGAGAAAGGUGCCGCAACACAUAUUGUUUCGGAAAUAAUAAAAAUGUUACAAUUUCACGUUGCUACAUUGGUUGAUAACGAUUUGCCUGGAUUGCCGCGUGCAAUGCAAAAAUCAGGAAAACCACUCAAGGCCGUCAAGGCACGACUCAAAGGCAAGGAAGGACGAAUUCGUGGUAAUUUGAUGGGUAAACGUGUUGAUUUCUCAGCGAGAACUGUCAUCACACCGGAUCCAAAUCUUCGUAUUGAUCAAGUUGGUGUUCCACGAAGUAUUGCACAAAAUUUAACAUUCCCCGAAAUAGUGACACCGUUUAAUAUUGAUAAAAUGCAAGAACUUGUAAGAAGAGGUAAUUCACAAUAUCCUGGUGCAAAAUAUAUUGUGAGAGACAGCGGCGAACGAAUAGAUCUUCGAUUUCAUCCAAAGGCAUCUGAUCUUCAUCUUCAGUGUGGUUAUAAAGUUGAGAGGCACAUUAGAGAUGGUGAUUUGGUUAUAUUUAAUCGUCAGCCAACUCUUCAUAAAAUGAGUAUGAUGGGACAUAGAGUGAAAGUUUUACCAUGGAGUACAUUUCGUAUGAAUCUCAGUUGUACAUCUCCCUACAAUGCCGAUUUUGAUGGCGAUGAAAUGAACUUACACGUUCCACAAUCAAUGGAAACAAGAGCUGAAGUGGAAAAUAUUCACGUUACACCACGUCAAAUUAUUACACCGCAAGCUAAUAAACCAGUAAUGGGUAUUGUGCAGGACACAUUGAUGGCUGUGAGAAAAAUGACAAAAAGAGAUGUUUUCAUUGAGAAGGAACAAAUGAUGAACAUUUUAAUGUUUUUGCCAAGUUGGGAUGGAAAAAUGCCUCAACCUUGUAUACUUAAACCAAAACCUCUAUGGACGGGAAAGCAAAUAUUUUCAUUGAUUAUUCCAGGCAAUGUGAAUAUGAUACGUACCCACAGUACACAUCCGGAUGAAGAGGAUGAUGGACCAUAUAAAUGGAUUUCGCCUGGUGAUACAAAAGUAAUGGUCGAGCAUGGUGAGCUUAUCAUGGGAAUUUUGUGUAAAAAAACACUUGGUUCAUCGGCUGGUUCACUUUUGCAUAUUUGCAUGUUGGAAUUAGGUCACGAGGUGUGUGGUCGAUUUUACGGAAAUAUUCAAACUGUCAUUAAUAAUUGGUUAUUAUUGGAGGGUCAUUCAAUUGGUAUUGGUGAUACAAUUGCCGAUCCUCAAACAUAUUUGGAAAUUCAAAAAGCAAUUAAGAAAGCAAAAGAGGAUGUCAUUGAAGUUAUUCAAAAAGCUCACAAUAUGGAAUUGGAACCAACGCCUGGUAAUACAUUGAGGCAAACUUUUGAAAAUCAAGUAAACAGAAUUUUAAAUGACGCUCGUGAUAAAACUGGAGGUUCAGCGAAAAAAUCAUUGACUGAAUAUAAUAAUUUAAAGGCUAUGGUGGUCUCAGGAUCAAAGGGUUCGAAUAUUAAUAUCUCGCAAGUUAUUGCUUGUGUGGGACAACAGAACGUUGAGGGUAAGCGUAUACCAUUUGGUUUUCGUAAACGAACAUUACCACAUUUCAUCAAGGACGAUUAUGGUCCCGAAUCGAGAGGAUUCGUCGAAAAUUCGUAUCUUGCUGGUCUUACGCCUUCGGAAUUUUAUUUUCACGCUAUGGGAGGUCGUGAAGGUCUUAUUGAUACGGCUGUAAAAACUGCUGAAACUGGAUACAUUCAGCGUCGUUUAAUCAAGGCUAUGGAGUCCGUAAUGGUGCAUUAUGAUGGAACUGUGAGAAAUUCUGUUGGACAGUUAAUUCAGUUACGUUAUGGAGAAGAUGGUUUGUGUGGAGAAGCUGUUGAAUUUCAAAAUUUGCCUACAAUUAAAUUGAGUAACAAAGCAUUUGAAAAGAAAUUCAAAUUCGAUCCAACAAACGAAAGAUAUUUGCGUCGUAUUUUCAAUGAAGACAUUGUUCGUGAGAUGAUGGGCUCCGGUGAAGUGAUUUCUGAAUUGGAAAAAGAAUGGGAACAAUUGAGUAGAGAUCGAUCGGCUUUGAGAGAAAUUUUCCCCAGUGGAGAGUCAAAAGUUGUAUUACCUUGUAAUUUGCAACGUAUGAUUUGGAAUGUACAGAAAAUCUUUCAUAUUAAUAAACGAUCGCCAACUGAUUUGAGUCCAAUGAGAGUUAUUCAAGGUGUGAAGGAUCUUUUGGAAAAAUGUGUAAUUGUCGCUGGUGAGGAUAGAUUGAGUAAGCAAGCCAAUGAAAAUGCCACACUACUUUUCCAAUGUCUCGUCAGAUCAACUUUGUGUACCAAGUGUGUGUCUGAAGAUUUCCGAUUAUCGAGUGAAGCAUUCGAAUGGUUAAUUGGAGAAAUUGAGGCAAGAUUCCAUCAGGCACAAGUGUCACCGGGUGAAAUGGUGGGAGCAUUGGCUGCACAAUCUCUUGGUGAACCUGCCACUCAGAUGACGUUGAACACUUUCCAUUUUGCUGGUGUAUCAUCAAAGAACGUAACCCUGGGAGUGCCGCGUCUAAAGGAAAUUAUUAACAUAAGUAAAAAGCCAAAAGCUCCUUCUCUAACUGUUUUUCUAACUGGAGCGGCAGCAAGAGAUGCAGAGAAAGCAAAGAAUGUUCUCUGUCGCUUGGAACAUACAACAUUGAAGAAAGUAACGGCAAACACGGCAAUUUAUUAUGAUCCUGAUCCACAAAAUACUGUCAUUGCCGAGGAUCAAGAAUUCGUAAAUGUCUAUUACGAAAUGCCCGACUUUGAUCCAACAAGAAUUUCACCUUGGCUACUUCGCAUUGAAUUGGAUAGAAAGAGAAUGACUGACAAGAAACUUAGCAUGGAACAAAUUGCUGAAAAAAUCAAUGCUGGAUUUGGUGAUGAUUUAAAUUGUAUAUUUAAUGACGAUAAUGCCGAAAAAUUGGUUCUACGAAUUCGAAUAAUGAAUAGUGAUGACAACAAAUUUCAAGACAACGACAAGGAGUCUAUAGACAAAAUGGAAGAUGACACAUUCCUGAGAUGUAUUGAAUCGAACAUGUUGAGUGAAAUGACACUGCAAGGAGUUGAAGCAAUUGGUAAAGUUUACAUGCAUUUGCCUCAGACAGACGCAAAGAAGAGGAUUGUCGUGACUGAUACUGGAGAGUUUAAGGCGAUUGCUGAAUGGUUACUGGAAACUGAUGGUACAAGUUUGAUGAAGGUAUUGAGUGAGAGAGAUGUAGAUCCUGUGAGGACAUUUAGUAACGAUAUUUGUGAGACUUUCGAAGUAUUGGGUAUUGAGGCUGUUAGAAAGUCAAUAGAGAAGGAAAUGAACACUGUAUUGCAGUUUUAUGGACUUUACGUCAAUUAUCGACAUCUUGCGUUACUUUGUGACGUUAUGACAGCCAAAGGUCAUCUUAUGGCCAUCACUCGUCACGGUAUUAACAGACAGGAUACUGGAGCACUUAUGAGAUGUUCCUUCGAAGAAACUGUGGAUGUUUUGCUUGACGCUGCUUCUCACGCAGAAACCGAUCCUAUGAGAGGUGUUUCUGAAAAUAUUAUUAUGGGACAAUUACCUCGAAUUGGCACAGGUUGUUUUGAUUUAUUACUCGACGCUGAGAAGUGUAAAUCAGGCAUGGAAAUUCCCAUGGCUACUGGAGCAAAUCUAAUGGGCGGAACGGGAAUGUUCUACGGAACUGCAGCGACAUCGAGUAUGAGUCCACGUAUGACACCUUGGAAUCAAAUAGGAGCAACUCCAGCUUACGGUGCUUCCAGUAUGUCACCUGCACUUGAAAGUGGAAUGACACCUGGAGCUGGAUGUUUCUCACCCUCCGGAGCGUCAGAUGCAUCAGGAAUGUCGCCCGCUUAUUCUGCUUAUUCUCCACAACCUGGCAGUCCUGGUAGUCCAGGACCAAGUAUGAGUCCGUAUCCAAUGUCGCCAGCGGGUGGUGCAUCGCCAAGUUAUUCACCAACAUCGCCAGCAUAUUUGCCAACAUCACCAAGUAUGACACCGUCAAGUCCAAAUUAUUCUCCAACAAGUCCAAGUUAUUCGCCAACAAGUCCAAAUUAUUCACCAACUAGUCCAAGUUAUUCGCCGACGAGUCCAAGUUACUCGCCAACGAGUCCAAGUUAUUCACCCACGAGUCCCAGUUACUCGCCCACAAGUCCAAGUUACUCGCCUACGAGUCCAAGUUAUUCACCCACGAGUCCCAGUUACUCGCCCACAAGUCCAAGUUACUCGCCUACGAGUCCAAGUUACUCACCUACGAGUCCAAGUUACUCGCCGACGAGUCCAAGUUACUCACCAACGAGUCCCAGUUAUUCACCGACAAGUCCAAGUUACUCGCCUACGAGUCCAAGUUAUUCACCGACGAGUCCAAGUUACUCGCCAACAAGUCCGAGCUAUUCGCCCAGUUCUCCAAAUUACACACCUGCAUCUCCAUCAUAUUCUCCGACAAGUCCUUCUUAUUCGCCAAGUUCACCACAAUAUUCACCGGCGAGUCCAAGCUACUCUCCAAGUAGUCCAAAAUAUUCACCAACAAGUCCCAGUUAUUCACCCACAUCACCAUCAUUCGCUGGUACAUCACCACGCUAUACACCAGCGAGUCCCACUUAUUCACCGACAAGUCCAUCAUAUUCUCCAACGAGUCCAAGUUAUUCACCAAGUUCACCGCAACAUACACCAGGUGGUAGUACAAGAUAUUCGCCCAGCAGUCCAAAUUAUUCGCCAACGUCACCAACUUAUUCUCCAUCGAGUCCUCAAUACUCGCCAUCAAGCACCAAAUAUUCUCCAACAAGUCCAACUUACACUCCCACAAGUCCCAGUUAUUCACCAACGAGUCCAACUUAUUCUCCUCCUGUCCCAGGAUAUUCACCCACAAGUCCUACUUAUUCACCAGCAUCGCCAGCUUACGAAACCGAUGACUCUUAAAAACUUGUCAUUUUUUCCAUCUACUUAUUCUACUUGGUUCGCGAAUAUUUUUUUUACAUUUCUACAGAAAAAGAAAAUUCCCUUUUUCUUCAUAUCUCGUUAAUUCAAUCGAAUAAUAGUGAUGAAAUUAUGAACAAUAAAAGUUUAAUUUUAUAUUCUUCAAAAAGAAAAGGUAAUUAAUGAAAAACAGUAUCAGUGUAGAAAAGUUAUGGAAACAAAUUUUGAGAAAUGACUGCUGGUUAAUUCACUGAUUUUUUUUACAAUCGAAAGAGAAGUUAUAGGAAAAUAAUCACAUCUGGUGAAUUAAUUCGCCUUUAGUUUUAAAUAUGAGUCAGAUAGAUUUUAACAAUCAAGUUAAAAUUUGACUUAUGAAGGUAGAAUUUCUGAUAUACUAUAACUAUAAAAUUAUAUAAGUUAUUCUUGUACAGUUUAAUAAGAAAUUUUCAAAUACUUUUUUUAAAAAAAAAAACUAAAUAAAUUGUUUCUAAAAAUGUAAUUCUAACGUUUUAACGUUAUGAAAAUUAUGGAAACAAAUAUUCAAGUCAUUUAGAAUUUGUAUAUUAUUAAAAUAAGACUGCUGAUAAAAACAUUGUUAGCGUAUUUUUAUAAUAUAACUCAAGUGGUAGAAUUAAUUAUUAUCUUUACAUAUCUUUUCUUUUCUUAAUGUUUUAAUAUUAAAAUACCUUAUUCUAAGUAAUAUAAAAAUGAUUAGUAUGUAAUUUACUGCAAAAAAAACGUUUUAAAUAAAAAUAAAAUUUUAAAUUUA